AUGUUGAGAAAUCCCUACAUCAGAGCUUCAUGCGGGAGAGCGCUUCAAAUGGCGAAGAAGCGGAAAGAGCAGGCGCAGGCCAAGAAAAGCGAGGAGGAGAAGAAGACCGAAGAAGCCGCUGAGGAGAACGGCGGGCAACCAGAAGAGGGAGAAGCGGAGAAGGAGAAGCCUGAGGAGGGCGAGGAAAAGGUGGACAAGGCGGAGGAGCAGCCGGACGAGCCCGAGGAGAUGAAAAUCGAUGCUGCUUCUUUGGAUCCCUUCGCUGUCGAGGAUGUUGCCGACCUCGGAAACGGGGAGCCGCUUUUUGCGGAGUUUACCUUCGAGGACUGGAUGCUGCUGUCCUUGAGAUUCGAGCUUCACCUGCUCUGUCAUGCCUUUCGACAUGACUUGGACGAUCCUGAUCGGCCAAGCUUCAAAGAGAACCACUUCAGCUUCUACUACCAGAAGUACUACAAGCGUGGCUUCAACUUGAAGAGCUUCGGAGUUGAGUCGACAGAGGGCCUCAUCGGCCUCAUCAAGGACACCGUGGAGUUGACUCCCAGCGGCUCCUUGGAGACGCAGCUGAGCAACGACACGCCCCUAGAUAACUUCCUCCGCCUGACGGAGGAUGCGCGUCGAGAUCGACAGCUUCGUAUCGAUUCCGGCGAUGAGCUGGCGUACCUGAAAUUCCAGCGGCCGACCCCUGCUCCGGCGGCGUAUGAGAAGGGCGGCAAGGGCGCGCAUCAUGGCAAGGGGGCCUACAACAGAGGUCCACCGCCGCCGCCACCGACGCAAGGUCGCCAGCCUUACAACUAUUCAGGUGCCAGUCGCGGAGGAGCCCCGCCUGCACAAGGCCAGACCACUUACGCGCAGAAGCGGCCGUACAAUGAAUCUGGCGGCCACUAUCCAGCUGCGAAAACUCAAAGGGCCUCCUACGGUGGCACCCCGUCUCCUGCGACCUCCUACUCUGGAGGCUCGGCCGGGCAGCAGCACGGCGGCCAGCGGUACCAGCGUGGAGGAGGUGGCUCCUAUAGCGGAGCUCAGGGCGGCGGUGCCGGCGGCGGCAACACCAACAGAGGUUACAACUCUUACUCGCGGCGGUGA